GCGUACCCAGACAGCGACAGCCACAGCUGCCCGCACCACCCCUGCCGGCUUCUUAUCUCAGGUGGACAUGGCCUACAGGGGCCACACCCGACCCAGCUCCCCGACUCAGGCCCUGCAACUGACCCUGGCAUGGUUCCUGUUGGUGGCUUGUGAAGGAAGUCGCCCACUCCAAGGACAGCAUCCAGCAGGGGAUGCCCAGGCUUCUUCAAUUCCCCAGCCUUACCUGAGGAUCCAAGACCCUGGCUCGCACAAGAGGCCCCAUUUGCUGGGACCCUGCUGCCCCUUGGAGAUGGACGCAACAGGAACACUGAGCCCGGCUAGCUCCCCUGAUGGCUGUGGGCCACCCAGCCCUGGGUGCAGGUCCUUCCUGGGACACCUUCGGCACGCCCUCCACAGUCGCUUCCGCCUGCUGCUCCUGGGGGUACGCCAGGCGCUGCCACUCUGUGCGGAGCUCUGCCAGGCCUGGUACGCGAGCUGCGAGUCGGACCCCACCUGCGGCCCCACGUGGCUCCCGCUCCGGGAGAAGAGGAGCUGCGAGACUCGCUGUCCCACCUACGGGCAGGCCUUCGCCGACGGCGCGGCCCUCUGUGUCUCGGCUCUGGGCCCGGCCGUGCCCGUGGCGGCCCCGGGAGCCCGUCCCUGCCUGGACGUGUCGGGGUGGGCGCCCCCUCGGCCCAGGGCGGCCCGUAGGGCCCGGCGCACCCGCCGCGCGCACCCUGCCGUCCCGGAGGCGGUGGGCAGCGGCAGUGGCAGCGGCAGCGGCGGCGGCCCUUAG